GGAUCAAUGUGGAAAAAACCAAGUCAUAUCAUUAGAUCAAAGUCAUCAUUCGUCAACGCAGAAUUUGCAUAAUAUUAUAUGUUUCUCACAAUCCUUAAAUUAGUGGCCAAAAGCCAGAAUGCCAUAACAAAUCUUAGCAACAUGACACUCCACUUUUCCAAUUCCCUAUCACUAGUAUGGGCAAUCACUUUCUUCUUCUUCAUCAUUCCACCCAACAUUUUCUUAUUUGUAAAGGCUUCUCAAUAUGACUCAACAGAAGAACCACAAUUGAGUUCUCUGUUUCAAACCGAUUGGUGUAAGCACAAGCAUCUCUUCAACAGAAGCAAGCAUUAUUAUUGCCACCAGUCAGGUAUCACUUGUGACCAAGCUGGUCACAUUACUAAAAUUCGUCAAUCUUUGUUUAAAGAUGGCAUGUAUUCUGCUAGAAGAAGAAUACUCCAAAGCUUUAGUGCGUCUUGCUUUCAACAUUUAGUUCAUCUGGAUCUUUCAUGGUCAGGACUCGAGGGGGUUAUCCCACCUGAAAUAGGUGCUCUUACAAAGCUCACCUACCUUGACCUCUCCAACAAUGCUCUUACAGGUCAGUUACCACUUUCACUAACCAACCUUUCCCAUUUGGAGAAACUUGAUCUUAGCAAUAAUCAACUCAACGGUUCCAUUCCUCAACAACUUGGCAACUUGAAUAGUUUGGUUGAAUUAAAUUUGGGCAACAACAUCUUAACAGGUGCAAUUCCCUCAUCCAUUGGUCGUUUGAUCAACCUUACUAUGUUAAUAUUGUGGGGAAAUCAUCUCAACGGCUCCAUUCCUAUCAGCACAGGAAAGUUAGACAACUUAGUUCAUCUUUAUCUUUCCUCUAACAACCUUAGCGGGUCACUCCCUUCCUCUGUAUUUAGAUUAACCAAGUUAAACAUUCUUGAUAUUUCAUUGAACCAACUCAGUGGUAAUAUCCCAAUUACCUUGGGUAAUUCAACCAAUUUAAGCUACCUAGAUCUUUCCUCAAACAAUUUAAAUGGUGUAAUUCCUCUGUCAAUAGGAAAUUUGGAGAAAUUACAAACACUAAAUCUUUUUGACAACAAACUCAGUGGUAAUAUCCCUAUUACCUUGGGAAAUUUAACCAAUUCAAGCUACCUAGAUCUUUCCUCAAACAAUUUAAAUGGUGUAAUUCCUCUGUCAAUAGGAAAUUUAGAGCAAUUACAAACACUAUAUCUUUUUGACAACAAACUCAGUGGUGAUAUCCCUACUGCCUUAGGUAAUUUAACCAACUUGUACAUCCUAGAUCUUUCCUCAAACAAUUUAAAUGGUAGAAUUCCUUGGUCCAUUGGUCAUUUGAACAGCCUGAAUUAUUUAGAUUUGGGGGGAAAUCAAAUCAUUGGCUCUAUUCCUACAAGUAUAGGAAAGUUGGAUAAUUUAUACUAUCUUAAUCUUUCCUCUAACAAUCUCAGUGGGUCACUCCCUACCACUCUAUUUCGAUUAAGUUUAUAUAGUCUGGACAUUUCACAUAACAAACUCAAAGGUUCUAUUCCUAAUUUUGUGGGUAAUUUAACCUCUUUGACAUUUCUAUCUCUUUCCUCAAACCAAUUUGUUGGUUCUAUUCCUUCAGCAAUAGGAAAUUUGAGAAAUCUAACGGAUUUGGACGUACGGCAAAACCAAUUAACUGGUUACAUCCCUUUACAUUUCAAAUCUUUGAAGCAUUUGAAAGAAUUGGAUCUAAGUUUUAAUCAGCUCACUGGUCCAAUUUUCCCAUCUUUGAGUGGUUUAGCAAGCAUUUCUCGUCUUGACUUAAGUUCAAAUCGAAUUAAUGGUUCCAUAGAUGCAGAUAUUAUCAAUCUCCGAGGAUUGAAUUAUCUGGACCUAUCAAAUAACAAUAUAUCGGGAAUCAUACCUUCUCAACUUGACUAUAUGAAUAAUAUAACCAAUUUCAAUGUUUCACACAAUUAUUUACAAGGUCAAAUAAGUAGUGUGCUUCUUGAUAGAUUCUCAGCCAAAUCAUUUAUUGGAAAUAGGGAAUUAUGUAGUGUUCGAACAAAGAAGAAUGGAGAUAGCUACAUUUUCUUCCCUUCUUGCUCUAACUCUAGCCGGAGUAAGAGCUUCAUCACCACAAUUAAGAUUAUUCUUCCCAUUUCAGUUUUUUUUGCCAUUUUUGGGAUUUGUGUAAUCUAUAAAGUUUGGGUAAGGAGAAGAAAAGUCCAGCCUCCCAGUGAUCAAACAGUAAUGAAGAACGGAGACAUAUUUUCAAUAUGGAAUUACGAUGGAAAGAUUGCAUUUGAAGAUAUCAUAAAAGCAACUGAAGAUUUUGACAUUAAAUAUUGUAUCGGAACUGGUGGAUACGGUAGUGUUUACAAAGCACAACUACCUAAUGGCAAAGUAAUUGCCUUGAAAAAGCUUCACAGUUUCGAGUCUGAAAAGUCAACUCUAAGCCAGAGCUUUACCAAUGAGGUACAAACGUUGACAGAAAUACGUCAUAAAAAUAUUAUUCGACUCCAUGGAUUUUGUUUGCAUAGGAGAAGCAUGUUUUUGAUUUAUGAGUACAUGGAAAGAGGGAGCUUGUUCUGUGUGUUGAGUAAUGAUACAGAGGCUGUGGAUUUGAGUUGGAGCAAAAGGAUUGAUGUCAUCAAAGGCAUAGCUUAUGCAUUAUCUUACAUGCAUCAUGAUUGCAUUCCUUCAAUUGUUCAUCGUGAUGUAACUACCACCAACAUCUUGUUAAACUCACAACUAGAGGCUUUUCUCUCCGAUUUCGGUACAGCUAAGCUACUAGAUCCUGAUUCUUCCAAUCGGACCAUGAUUGCUGGUACUUAUGGAUAUAUUGCUCCUGAACUUGCUUACACUAUGGCUAUAACUGAAAAAUGUGAUGUUUAUAGCUUUGGAGUUGUGGUACUUGAAACUCUAAUGGGCAGGCAUCCUCAAGAACUGUUAUCGUCGUUGUCAUUGUCAUCAUCUUCCUCAUCAAGUACUCAAAAUAUGUUGCUAAUGGAUAUAUUAGACAAACGCUUGCCAAGACCAGCAAGUGGGGUUGUGGCACGAGAUGUUGUUCUUGUCGCCGCAAUAGCAUUUGCAUGUCUGAAUGUUAAACCAAAGUGUAGACCAACAAUGAAGCAUGUGUCUCAGCAACUUCUUGCUCGCAAAGGAUUAUUAUCCAAGGGUUUUGCUAGUUAUUCAGUCGGGCAGCUUAUUUUCUCAGAUAAAGUUUUCGUUGAUGCUGGAAAUGAUCAAAUUGGUUAAAGUAAAUUUCAAUGAAUUAUGAUUUGAUCAUCUUUAAGAGUAUUAUUUUAGGUUUCGUUUGGUAUGCCGUAUUACAUUGUAUUGUAUAGUAUUAUAUUGAAUUGUAUUUUAUACAAUAUUUGUAUGUAAAACUAACUUUUAAGAGCACCUAAAUAUAUAAUAUUUUAGUAUAAAUUAAACUUUAACGUAUUAUUAUAUAAAAAUAUAUAAAAAUAUGACAUAUAAUCUAAUUCAAUAUAAUACAAUAGAAUAUGACCUAAUACGAAAUUCCAAACAAACUCUUAAUGUGUAGAUUGAGAGUGGCGUACAUUGAGAAUUCAUGAAGCACUCAGUUUGAAGGCACAAGAAAAUUACUGACAUUGUUAUGGUCGUCACCAUCUUCAAAAGCAACUCGAACUACUGACAAUGUGCUUUUGUUUUGCAUGCCUUUGUUUUUUUUUUUUUUUUGCUGGAGAAAGCUUCUCUAUUAAACCAGAAAACCAGAAAACAACAUAUCAGUCACAUAACCACAAGAGGGGCCAAGUCCUCAGCUGUUAAAAAACCAGAAAAAGAGUUACAAAACGCCCAAUGUGCAAGCUUGUGAGCCACCUGCACACUAGCUCGGGGAUGCCACACAAUCUCCACGUCAGGAAGUUCAUCGAGCAGCUGCAACCAGGGCCCAGAAAAGACCAGCAAGACGCCAAUCGGGGGCCCUCCGUGCGUGUAAACCAUGCACCAGCAGCUGGCAAUCCGAGACGAUAACAGCCUGCUUCCAACCCCUGCAAAUGCACCAUUUCACGGCAUUAAUCAACGCCCACGUCUCAGCCUCCAGCGGCUGAUUAGAAUCAAAAUUCACAGCCAUGGCCUCCAGGCACCAGCACCGAUCCCUCCCAGAUG